AAACGCACAAACACAGAGACGCGCACUCGCCCGCGCGCGCGCGCGCGACACUACAGCACAGGAGCGAGUGUGAAGUUGCCCAUCAUCAGCAGACGGAGCGCAGACAUGACAUUAACACACACCGCGGAGCAGGAGAGGAGCCGCCGAGUGGAGAUGCCUCGACUGAGCAAGAUGGAGCAGGUCAUUGUGGCCAUGCAGGACCCAGACUUGGGAAUAAAGAUGAAGAACCAGAGACUCCUCAUCACAGUGAUUCCUCACGCUAUGACGGGAAACGAUAUCGUCGAGUGGCUCAUGAAGAAGUACUCCAUCAUGGAGGAAGAGGCGUUACACGUGGGCGACCUGCUCGUGAGGCACGGCUACAUUUACCCCCUGAAGGAACCCAGGAACCUGGUGCUCCGCCCGGACGAGUCACCCUACCGCUUCCAGACCCCGUACUUCUGGAGCUCGCAGCAGUGGCCGGCGUCCGAGCUGGACUACGCGAUUUAUCUGACGAAGAAGAACAUCCGUAAACAAGGGCAGCUCAUCGACUACGAGAAGGAAAAUUACAACCUCCUCCACAAACGGAUCAACCACACCUGGGACUUUGUGGUGAUGCAAGCCAAAGAACAGCUCAGGGCAUCCAAGCAGAGGAGGAAGGCAGACCGCAUCGUGCUCGAGUGCCAGGAGCAGGCCUACUGGCUCAUCAACAGACCCCCGCCAGGAGCCUUCGAUAUCCGAGAACACGGUCCAGAGCGGAGGAAUCGCCUCACCUCCAGAGUUCAGCUGAAUACUGAGUACUACAAAAAAGAGGUUGAGCAUUUAAAAAAAGCUCUGGGACGGUCGAGGGUCAAGUCCUCCAUCUGUCUCGAGAGUUUCAUUAAGUACAGCGAGCAGUACUUCAGCCACGACCCGAUGAUGCACGGAUGCCCUCCCAGUAACCCCUGGAUAACGGAUGACAUCACACACUGGGCUCUGAACACCAACACGGUGUCCACUCCAACCAAGCUGAGGGUGGAGAGGUGGAGUUUCCGCUUCAUGGAGCUGCUCAGUGACCCCCUGGGGCGACUUAAAUUCAUGGAGUACCUGGAGAAGGAGUUCAGCGCGGAGAACCUCUGCUUCUGGGAGGCGUGUGAGGACAUCCGGCACGGAGAGAACUCAAGGAUCCCACAGAAGGUGCAGGAGGUCUACAAGCAGUUCCUGGCCCCGGGUGCAAGCAAGUGGGUUAAUGUUGACAGCAAAACAAUGGAAAAGACGUUGGAGGGCCUACGGAGACCUAACCGCUUUGUCAUGGAUGACGCCCAGAUGCACAUCUACUUCCUCAUGAAGAAGGACUCAUACCCUCGAUACCUAAAGUCUGACCUCUACAAAAACCUGCUGGUGAAAGCCAUAGCGCCCCAGGAGACCAAGAGAAGUGUCUUCCCCUUCAUGAGAAGACACCGCCACUCCAGUCCAAACCCUGCCCUGGUUGCCCAGGCCCUAGAGGAGGAUGGGAAGGCAAAGCGCCUGGGGUCACCAAGAAUCACAUCGCCAGCCACUUCUCCCUAGCAUUACAUCCUCAGGAGGAUGAACUCACUGCUGCCCCCAGAGGAUAUGGAGGGUGUACCGUCUCACUUCUCCAACUAUAUGACAGUCUUCCAAGCUUUAACUGCAGCUGACAGUUUCUGCAGCUAUUUAUCAUAUUUAUUUAUGAUCUGCAAUGUACAGAAACAGACAUCGUUCUGCAAAGGGUGAGACUGAAGAUGCGGAACAGAAACACUUCUAUAAACAGACACAGGAUGUAUAUCUUAAAAAAGCACAGUAAAUCACACAUUUAUUGCACAGGUCAGUGUAUUUGACCUAACAAUAUGAAAAGAAAUGAUUCAUAGGAAAAAUGUUAGAUACAAGAGUUUGUCUCUUCUUGACUGAUAGUAACUACAGGAAGUCACUGACUGAUGGUUUCACAGCUUAGCAAUGACAGAUCACUUUUAUAUUGCUGUUAUUAUUUGUUGGAUUCAUGCAAUUACGUAAAUGGUCUACAUAUCCCUCGCUGUAUGUUUGCAUGGGGA